AUGACGACCCGUGGAGCAUCACGGCGUGCCCGCGUGGUGCUCUUUGAUGGUGACAGUCCAGGGGAGGAGCUUCAACCGCGCAUCUCUACUGCAGACAAGGGGAAAACCAAGGUCGCGGAAGCCCCUGCUAAGGCCACCGUUCGUCGCCGCCCAAGCAACAAGAAGCGGAAGAAUGACGGCGACCCUGGAUCCAGCACGGGUGCUGCUAAGAAGAAGAAGAAGAAGAAGAAGAAGAAGAAGAAGAAGAAGAAGAAGAAGAAGAAGAAGAAGAAGAAGAAGAAGAAGAAGAAGAAGAAGAAGAAGAAGAAGAAGAAGAAGAAGAAGAAGAAGAAGAAGAAGAAGGUGCCAAACAAGGACGACAUCGUGGUCAACGAGGCGCUCGGCAGCAACGAUGACUACGCGGAGGCGGCAGGCCCGAUUCCUUCAUUCCUUGAGAAGGCGAAGCCGAAAAAACCCCACCCUUCAUAA